CCUGGCCGCGCUGUCCCGCGUGGUCAUGCGAGGACUAAAAGCAACACGUCUGUUGGAAGCAACAACCCAAACAGACCGAGACAGACCAGAUCCAAGAGCAGCAAGAAACUCGACUCGAUAUACUCUGAUGAUGCUACUAUCGCCUUCAUCAAACGCACCUUGUGCGCUCAGCAGCUCACAGGUCCAGAAGGUAGCCGAGCACGAAACAUUUCGAAGCCUUUGUCUGAACUACUGCCACCUUUGACCACUUCCAAUCAAGUCGACCUCCAACUUUAUGCUCUCAUCUCCAUAAUCAUCAAGGACUUUGUACAGGCUUGGUACUCGAGAAUCACCCCAGACCAGGAAUUCACCGAUCAGGUCGUCCACAUCAUCGCUCACUGCACACGCGCUCUUGAGCAACGAAUAAGGGCCGUCGAUCUGGAAGCCUUGGUACUCGAUGAACUCCCCGAACUGAUCGACGUCCAUGUUACAGCCUAUCGGACUGCAUACAGCGCUUCCUACACUUCCUUACUCGUAGCAAAUCCGAGAGACAUCUAUCACGCCAUCAACCCUCAUCCUGCCCUCUCCCCAGUGCCCUUCGAGCCCGGAUCUCUCGCAUCAUUAGAUCAGGCUGAGAAUGAAGCUGCAUGGCGCCAGUUGCUUGUUCAAGGACUAUUGUCUCAUCUGCUCCCGCCGGAAGAUCUAAAUAAUCCACCGCUAAAAGUGUUGGUGACUGAGAUAUUCUCGGAGUUGAUCAUCGGGCGUGGAGUCUGCGGCAACAUCUGCGAAGGCUGGUUCAUCUGGGAUCUUGUCUCCAAGCUGCUUACCAUCCUUCGUCCUCCUGAACCCGAUGUACACCAGGAACCACCCAUCAGUCCGAAUCGCCUCGAGAAGUUUGGACUCCUCGCAGAUGACAGUGAUGACGCUGAAGAGCCACCCGCCGUUACGAGUAGAAGCCCAGUGGAUACCUUGUCCGGCGUAUGCUUGCAGGUCAUGCAAUACGCCUUCCUUGCCUUCAUAUCAAUACGCGCGUUCUUCACAGCUCUGUCGAAUGCCGCAUCUCUGCCUCCAAGGACGAAUAGUAGAGAAGACUCAACGCAUGCCGAGUUAAACGACAGCGGCUCACUAUGGCAGCAAUCAACACACGACAAGACCAAUCCUAGGAAUGUCUCUGUGGAGUUGCUGCUCGCAUCUGCUUUCUUUGGACUUGCAGAUGCCUUGGCUUACCACCCUGGGUGCAUACAUACAGUGGCUGUUGAUCUGCAGCUCAUGGAAGGUGGGUCACACAGACAGCAGAUUGGACAGCCCCGCAUGUACUUUCAGUCACUUGAUCCCGGCUUGAGCCAAUGCCCUUUCGCGACGGGCCGCCCGCCAGUCAGCCGCAUCUUGGAUGCAGAACGUGGCGCUUGCAGUAAAGAAACACCGACACAAUGGCUCGCGCUGCGUCUUCUGGACACACACAGGAGUUUGCGAGAGGACGCCACGUCGCAUUCCGAAGCGCUCAUCGCAAGGAAGUCAAUCCCGCUUCUGAUUCUCACGACUUUAUCCGGCCUUUACCUCAAUACUUGGAUUCAUCUCUCCAUUGCUACUGCAGGCGAUGUUGUAGUGCGGCUCGGAGACGCCUUCCUCGAUGCGGAAGCUGCAUAUUGUCUUGUCUCAAAGACCGAGAAUAAGCGACAUUCGCCGAGCACCGUCGUCUUGGUCUACCAAUGGCUUGGGGCAUCGAGUAUCUGCUGCAACUUACUACUUUCCCACCACAUACGUACAAAAAUCUUCGAUCCCACUCGCUUACCGAGCAUCCUCUUGCUCAUCCGCACGAACAUGUUCCCCAAUAAUUCUCUCGGCCCCGGUCGCGCUCUAGAACUGCGAGCCAAGUGUGCCGCUUCCAUCAUCGCCGCUCUGCCUCCCAUUAUCGUCAAGCAAGUGUUUGCUGCGAGGGACAGUGAAGAUGUGCAAAAGCAGAUGGAAGAUAUGCUAAAUGUGUUUGGAGAUGCGUAUUUGAACAAGCAUUUGAUAGUCGGGAUCGUGGACUUGGUCGUCGUGAGGUUGUUUCCUGAAUUGGAGAGCAAGAGCGUUGGCGCUGCGUUGAGGAGGGCCGAGAGUAGAGAGGAAGUUCGUUCG